UUGCUAGUACUACAGUAGAAGAGAGUAAGAAAGAUGUUGCAGCUCCUCUCUCCAUCAUCCUCAAAAUGGCUUCUUCCACCGCCCAACUUCUACCCUACCACAACCGCCACGUUUAAGGUAAGAGCAAUGGCAAACCAGCGCAGCGAAAGCGACGGAGGAGGAAUAGCAGAGAAACUGGCCAUUGUCGGUGGAUUGGUCUCCACGCCGGUGAUCGGAUGGUCACUCUACACCCUCAAAACCACCGGUUGCGGCCUCCCACCGGGACCAGGCGGCUCCAUUGGCGCACUUGAAGGCGUGAGUUACUUGGUGGUGGCGGCGAUUGUGGGCUGGUCAUUAUACACCAAGAACAAAACCGGUUCGGGUUUGCCCAGUGGACCAUUCGGCUUGUUGGGAGCUGUUGAAGGCUUGUCGUAUUUGUGUUUGCUGGCCAUUAUCGCUGUGUUCGGGUUACAGUUCCUUGACAAAGGUUCCAUUCCUGGGCCUCUUCCCAGCGAUCAGUGCUUCGGCUAAUUAAGUUUAAGUUCAAGCUUUAGCUGCAGCUUCAUCUUUGUUUCCAAUUUUUGUUUUUAAUGAAUAAUGAAAUUAUGUGUUAUAGAUAGGUUGAUGCUUUUUAUCCAAUAUCUGUGGCCUGCCUUCAUUCAUCAUCUUCAACUAAUAUCCCAUCCCAUCCCAUCUCCUAAUGUAUUGUGUACUCACAUUUGUUUCUUUUUAAUACACUUCGUUUCGGUUUUAGAC